AUGGUUUCGCCAAAAGAUUUGGUAUUGAUAACAGGGGCCACGGGCCAUGUAGGGUCGUGGACUCUGGUGCAACUGCUUCGAGAGGGAUACCGGGUCCGGGCCGCCGUUCGAUCCCAUGCCAAAGCUGCUGCUGUUCUUGCAAGACCACAAAUCCAGGCACUCAACCCAGGAUACCGACUCUCCUUCAUCAUUGUGCCCGAUAUCACGGUCCCCGGUGCUUACGACAACGCUGUCGAGGGCGCAACACACAUCAUCCACAUUGCUUCGCCACUGGCAUCAGGUGGUAACGGCGUACCGCUCAGUCAACACGAUGCGCAUUUCAUCCAGCCAGCUGUGCGUGGUACCAUCAGCCUCCUAGAAGCAGCCAACCUCGGUGGGACGGUCCGUCGUGUCGUGAUCACCAGCUCCUUCAUUGCCUUGGUUCCCAUGGACGAGCUGACGGGCAGACGGAAGCGAGACCCUUCCAAGCCUGUGUCUCCCAAUGACCGCAUCCCGUUUGCCCCUGGACCGUACGAAUCCGAGUUUGCGGCCUAUGCGGCAUCCAAGGUUGCAGCGCUGCACCAUGUCGAGGCGUGGAUGGAGCGUGAGAGGCCGCCGUUCGAUGUCGUGCACCUUCACCCAGGCUUCGUGUUGGGGCGCAACGACACGGCUACCACAGCAGGACAAGCCAUGCAGGGCACCAACUCGGUGGUACUGGCGCUGCUGCUGGGCAAGCGGUUUGGGCCGUAUGCGGGCGCGACAGUGCAUGCCUCUGAUGUGGCUCGGGCGCACGUGUCGGCACUGGACCCGACGGUUCUCGGAAACCAGAGCUACAUUCUCAGUCAGUCGGCGCGGUGGAACGAUGCCAUCGCCAUCGCCAAGCGGGAGUUUCCCGAGGCCAUCAAGACAAAGCUGCUGGUGACGGGUGGCAGCGUCAAGACAACGCCUCUUCCCAUCGACGCAAGUCUAACCGAGGAGACGUUCGGCUUCAAGUUUGCCAGCUACGAGGACCAGGUGAUCAAUGUUGUUGAGCACUUCUUGGAGCUGCGGUUGCGCAAGAAGACAGGGGUCCAGAUGGUGUCUUCCAGCGCACCAAAGAAGCAACGGGUGGUGGUCAAUGUCAGCGCCAUCGCUUGCUGA